AUCGAAUUUUGAUUAUGCUUUUACUUUUAACAUGAUGAUAAAAUACAAUUACAUUAAAGUUUAAGUAGUAAUUCCACUACCAGUAACACUAACAGUGAAUAACGAUAAGGGACAAAAAAAGAACUUACGAUGGCAAGAAAAGUAGCUGUGGUCACAGGUGGAAACAAAGGAAUUGGGUAUGCUGUAGUUAAAGAAUUGUGUCAAAAAUUUAACGGAGAUGUCAUUUUGGCUGCAAGAGAUGAAGCUCGUGGAAAGGAUGCUGUCGAACAACUUAAAGCUUUAAACUUAAACCCAGUAUAUCAUCAGCUUGAUAUUGAUGAUACCAGUAGUAUAAGUCAACUGAAAGACUUUUUGCAUAAAGAAUAUGGAGGUUUGGACAUACUUGUCAAUAAUGCUGCAAUUGCAUACAAGAUGGCAUCUACAACACCUGAUGCAGAACAAGCAGAAAAUAGUAUAAAUACAAACUUCUUUGGAACACUGAAUGUUUGUAAGGCAUUGUUUCCAAUAUUAAGACCACAUGCAAGGGUUGUGAAUGUGUCCAGCUCAGCAGGAAGGCUUUCCAACAUUCCCAAUAAAGAACUACAGAAGAAAUUUCUGGUGUCAAACCUAACUGAAGAAGAGCUUUGUGGGCUAAUGAAAGAAUUUGUAAGUGAUGCCAAAGCAGGAUUGAAAAGGGAGAAAGGCUGGGCUCAUACUAAUUAUAUGAUGUCCAAGAUUGGAGUUUCUGCUCUAACAUUUUUGCAACAGAGAGAGUUUGAUAAAGAUUCUCGAGAAGACCUUGUGGUGAAUGCGGUACAUCCUGGAUACGUAAAUACAGACAUGACAAGUGGAAAAGGAGUUCGUACAAUUGAAGAAGGUGCUGAACCUAUUGUAUAUGCAGCUUUACUGCCACCUAAUAUUAAGUCCCCAAAAGGUGAAUACAUUUGGGAAGAUUCUAAAGUUGUUUCAUGGGUGUAAAUCUAAUACAACAAAACUACAACUGAGAAAAUUCCAUUGUGGCUGAAAGCAACAGGGAUAUAAAAAUGUUGUAUUACCAAUUAUUUGUAACUUGUGCACAAUAUAUCAGUUAUUCAAUAUACAAAAUGCUUUCUGAUCAAAAUGUUGUUAUAUGAAUAAAGGCAUUUUUCAAAGGAUACAAGAAACUGACCAGCUUGUUAGUUUGAUCAGUUUCUGUUAAUUCGUUGAAUAAAAAAUUACUCUUGCAUGAA